GUAGUCCAUGGAGCCACAGCCUUCUUGGCUAAAAGUUGGGAGCUGAACCUCCUCGGCCUCGUGGUAACAGUGUCGCGUUCAAUAUCUUCGAGGCUGUAAUGAUAAAGAAAAGUCCCGGAUACCGUUUUAACCGGUAGUUUAUAAGUCGGAAACUAACGAGACGGUAAAGUUUAAACCUUUUCUAGUAAUUGAGCUAAAACUUCCCGGAAGUGAAGCGCUUUCAGCUCAGGCACAGCAUUUUUAAGCUGCAUAGAUGACCUUGAAGUCUGAAGAUGGCAUCACACCCUCAGACGUGCCCUGAUUUAGGUUCAGGACGCCGGCAGUCGGUGAAGGGCCAGCUAUUGGUAUCCCAGCAGCUUCUGGUGGCAUCUUUGUAUAACUUGGCACCACUGUUAGACUCCGUCCUGGCUGCAGGUCUGCUGUCUCAGGAUAACUACCACGAGGUGAAGGCGGAAAAGACGCCACAGACGAGCGCUCGCAAGCUUCUGGAGAUUGUUCAGGGUCAGAUGGACGAGAGCGAAGCCGCGCGCUUCCUGGAGUGUCUGAGGGAAUGCAAGCAGCAUUAUCCACGUCUGCGUAACUGGCUGUCUGUGGAAACGGAGAUCCAGCGCGGACCCACAGAGCGGAAACUGCAUGACCAGUUCGCCUGCCUGUGUAGCCGCCUGGGCUUGUCCCUGCUGCCCGUGUCUCUGGCGUUGUUUUCCAGCGGCACCCUCACGCAGUUCGAUCUGGAACGGAUCCAGGCAGCACCGACCCCCAUGGAGCAGAGCCACACCUUGCUGACCAUCUGCCUUACGAAAGGAGAGAUGGCGUGCCAGAGCUUUUACACGGCACUGUACAGCGAAGACCCUCAGCUCGCCGAGGACAUACACAUCAGUAGUUCAUUAAAGGAUCUUUCCCUAAACAGCAAGGAGGACAGCAGGAUCGCCGUGGCAGUAGAGGAGACACGAGACCCAGGACACCUGCCUUACUCGGGAGUGCUGCGGAAGGUGAAGGCUCAGCUAGGCGUGGCUGUGGGAGAUGAAGCCAGGCUGAACGUGUGUGAGCUGGGGGUUGCAGUGGGUCUGCCACGUCGCACAGCAAAGGAGUGUCUUCUGGAGGGGGUGGGCUUAGAGGACGCUGCUCAGCUGGAGGCUCUGGUGGCUCUGUUCAUGGAAAAGACUCGGGAUGCAGACCGGCUCGUCAGCAGAGUAGCUGAAAUCGAGAUUCAAAACGUACAGCUCUCCGAGCGAGGCUGUUUGUCCCUGAAGCUCCUGCAGGAUGCCGAUGCUCUAAUCCGCAGUGCGAGCCACAAUAGUUUCCACACCUGGGAUUACCUGCACAGUGAAGACUGCGGUGAUGAAUGCACCUUAGGGACCAUCUUCAGCUUCCUGGUGUGGGACUGCCUGGCCGAGGCCGUGGAGGAACCCAAACUGAAGCUCAGCGGCGGCUUGGCUGCAAUGCUACAGCAACUGUACGGCUGCACUCGAGUGGACACUGCACUCCUGCAGGAGCUGGAGCAGUGCUGGAGUGAAGGAGGAACCGAGAACCUGCUCCAGAGCGUCAGGGUUCUGGCACAAAUUCUGAGAGACCUGCACCCACUAGACGCUGGUCUCCAUCUGUCGAGUCCAGUGGAGGGUUUGUAUUCCUGCAGGACCCCACUUCACAGGGUCACAUCUUUCCAAGGCGUGUCGACCCGAGUCAUUAGGAAAGUGCUGAACAGCGUGCUUGCUCCCUCUACACAGCAUGACGCGAGUCCUCGAGCUCGGCAGUACAGAGAGGUGUGUGUUUAUGUCGCACGACUGUUGGAUACAGUGCAGGCGGAAAGGAGCGCUAGAGAUUUCGCAAAUUCCUCUGUUGCUCAAAUCACCCAGCACAUCCGUCUCGUUCUCUCCGGACCUGCUUUUAACUUGCAGGCUUUUGAUGCAGGAAUUUGGAACCGCUUGAUGUCCCUGACCGAGUUCAAUCCUGCACAGCUGGGCCUGGGCCCUCUCAUGCAGCUGCAUCAGGAGACCCUGUCUGACCUUAAACAAUACCUCCAGCUAGGUGAAUACCACAGUUUCCACUUCAUCCUGGAGUCUGUCCAGAUGCUCGGAUCACCACGGCUGAUCUCGGUGAACAGCGCCAGGGGGCCUGUCGCCAUCGACGACGGUAUGGAGGAGAACUUUAGUUUCAAAACUUCAGAGCCAGCGUGCUUCCUGGUGCGUCUGCACUGCCUUGGUUACGAGAAAAGCAAAGGGCGCUUUGAAGUUCACAAGCCCCGGUGUGUGCGCAUUUCCCGGCUCAGUGAGGAAGGAACACGGGCAAUACACUGCUUAGACGGGGAGGUUUUAGCACAGGAGGAUGAUAAAAUGUGGAUUAGGGAAGGCGGGAGUGGAUGGUGGGAGGAGCUGCAGUGUGUAACACUAAGAUAUUCUGCACAGCUUCAGGAACAAGGCUGCUGUUUUACCAUCACGACCUCAGAGUCAGAGUGUGAAGUAAAGUUCAUGUACAGGCGCGGGAGGCUGUGGGCCACGUCCCAGAGAGGAUGUGAGGUGAUUUGAGGCUGAACUUUUAAGGAAGCAGUGCCACGUCCUGAUCAGACUUAAAUGAGGAAUAUUUACACAUAUGCACUGUUUAUUCUGUUAUUUACAGUUCUUCAGGCAGGUUUGAACACAACGAUCACACUCGAACAAACAUGAACAUGACUUGAACAAGAAUCAACCUCAGAAGUGAAUUCAACAUGCUGGUUUUUUUUUUGCAUGUUUGCGUUCUGGAUAUUUUAAAAAUGAUUAAGCAGGAUCUGUGUUUUUUUUUUUAGACUUUAUGUACUUGUUUACACUAAGUCACUUAAAAAGUAAAAAAAAAAAAAAAAGUAUCUGAGCUAAUAAGGAAGGGAAUCACCAGGGACCAGUCGAUACGAUGUCACGCCACCAAGGAGUAUCGUGACUCCUGAUAAAUAUAACUUAUUUUUCAGAGGAACUGCAAAAAACUUUUUUAUUCUAAUGCAAACAUACAUUUUAUAUAUAUAUAUAUAUAUAUAUAUAUAUAUAUACACACACAGUGUAUAAACAAUUCUGGAGUCAGUGUGGUGACACAUGAACUGCCACAUAAAAGAAUCAUGAUGUUACUUAAUAAUUUUUUCUCUAUUUGGCAACACUUCCAUUUCUCUAAAUUUUAAACAAACACUGACAAAUUAACUAAAGGGUUAAUGUCUCUGUAUUUCUGAACUGUGAAGUUUUUUUAUGAGGUCAUUUUUAGUCCUACUCUGCCAGAGAGCCAAUCUUUUUUUUUUUUUCUUUGGUUGGUACAAUGGAAAGAAAAAGGAUAUGAACCGUUUGGAAUUUCCUGGUUUUCUGCAUUAAUCUGUCAUAAGAUGUGAUAUGAUCAUCAUCCCAGUCAAGAAUAUUGACAAAAUAAGUCUUGUUAACAAAAUGAGUUUAGAGGAAACCGCUGCUUACUAAAAAGAACAUUGCUGCACACCUGAAGUUUGUGAAAGAGCACAUUGGCACUCCACAGUGGUACUGGCAAAAAUUGCGCCACCUACCGUAAAGUAUGGUAGCGGAAACAUGAUUUGGGAUUGCUUUGCUUCAACAGGACAUGGGCAGCUUGAACCAAUGCUAAAGCAUUUCUGCAUGGAAGAAUGAGCUAAAAUUCCUCCUGAACAACGUGCAGGUCAGAUCUACAGGUAAGCCUACAGUUACAGGAAGCAUCUGGUUGAGGGUACUGCUGCCAAGGGUUUAACCACUUAUUAAUUCACUUUUCCCACUAGCAUUUUAAAUGUUGAAGUGAGUGUGUUCAAUAAAAACAUAAGAUCAGUAUUUAAAAAAAAAAAAAAAAAUUAUUAUUUUAUGGAUCAUUAUAUUUGUCAAUACUCGACUUAGAUUAAGUUCAGGUCACAUUUUAUGACGAAUGCAGAAAACCAUGGAAUUCACAUACUUUUCCUUGUCACUGUGUUCAUAUUGUGGAACCAAAUUCCUAUUCUACCCAAUUGUCUCUUUACCUCUUAUAACCACAUUGUUAUAAACAUACCUUUAAAAGACUGCUGUACAGUUUUGCCAAACAAUGCAUUUUCAGACUGUUGCUAUUAGAAUACACGCUGUAGUUGGCUGAUGAUGAUACUACAGUGCUGUUACGUGAAUUUCAUGUUAGUGUUGUGAAUGUCAGCACAUUUCAUGUAACUCAAAGUAAACAUGUUCUCAUUACUGUUACAGUCACAGUUACACAACUAUGCAAUAAAGUAUUUGUCUAGAAGUUUA